CUUCCACAAGACCCUCCCAGCGUGGAAGUAAACCGCUCUUUCGUGCACCAACCGACAACGACAACCCUCGUUGAGCCCAAUGGCACUGCCGGGGUUCACAAUGCCACAGGUCUGGUUCGCCUUCAGUCCCACGAAGGUGCAGAGCCUUCAGUUCAACCUGCCCGUUUUCAAGCUCUGCCACUUUAUCUCCUGCACGCUCUACUCUACGUACUAUACACAGCACUGUGUCCGCUCAUCGUGCUCCUCUGGUGGAUGAAUGUCACUCAAGCACAAGUGUGGGAGUGGUUGCGCCUGCGGGGCUUGGCUGCGAGAGCUAAGCUGACGAUGCUGAAGAGAGCAGCUGCGUCCUUCAUGGAACUUGAUAACUACCCGCUUCUUCGCAAAGCCAU